AGCUUGAAUCGAGUUGUCAUGACGUAAUUGUCAAUGUAGCACCGUUAUAGUGCGCGUGCCCGUACUGUAAUUCACAUCGCGGUCGUGCAGACUCUCCCUCUGCUUCAUCUUUAAGCACUGCAGACAUGUCUGACUUCACAGAGGACCAGAUCUGUGAGUUUAAAGAGGCCUUCCUCCUGUUUGACCGAACAGGAGAUGGGAAGAUCAUGUACAGUCAGUGUGGAGAUGUGAUGAGGGCCCUGGGGCAGAACCCUGUCAAUGCUGAGGUCCUCAAAGUACUUGGCAACCCCAGUAAUGAUGAUAUGAAUAUGAAGAUGCUGGAUUUUGAGCAGUUCCUGCCUAUGCUGCAGGCCAUCGCUAAGAACAAGGAUCAGGGUUCCUUUGAGGAUUUUGUAGAGGGACUGCGGGUGUUUGACAAAGAGGGAAACGGAACCGUGAUGGGCGCUGAGCUGAGACACGUUCUUACUACACUUGGUGAGAAGAUGACUGAGGAAGAGGUAGAGACUCUUUUGGCAGGACAUGAGGACGCCAAUGGCUGCAUCAAUUAUGAAGUUCUUGUGCGUCAAAUUAUGGCGGGCUAAGAAGAGGAACUGGUGAGGAUGGUCAUGAGCGGGUGAAGAUUUCAAACACGUCUGUUUUUUUUUAUUUUGUCUGUCAGACUCCCAUUUAUGUAAUUUUGCAUUUCCACAUUUGCUGUUUAAAAUGGUUUGUCCCUUAUUUUUUUCCUUAAGUGCCUUUUAUCAUGUUUCAGGAGAAAUAUUGCUCAUUUCAUUCCAGAAACUUCCAUUGAUGUCCUUAGCUUUGCUCGAAUACUUUCCAUUCAUUAUUACAUUCCACCAGAUGUAUUUCCAUUGUCAGUAUCCCACCCCUUCUUUGUCUUAAAACUAUGAAAGACUUUUAGAUUGGCUUGAUUUUGGUUACCCUAUUAUUGUCAAAAUGCCCAGAAUGUGUUUGUAAUUCAUUUGAUGUUUAUUAACAUAAUAAAUACUCAGAAACGUC